AGAAUGGGCCCAUACAUAAAAUAUACCAUUUUGUAAAGCUCAAUAGCAUUUGAAGGGAAUGAUGUACAGUCACAAAACCAACAAGAAGAGCAAUGGGCCAAGAGAUCACAAACUCAAAGACCAGCAAAGCAUCGUUCAAAGUAUUUUGAUCCAGGAUGGGUUAAUGAUUUCCACAUGUCGUAUUUGUGUUAAAUUGAGCUUAAAUCUUAACAUUUCAUCGUUAAUACGUAUUUCGUUGCACCCUGUAGAAGGUUGGUGCAAACCCUUUAUUUUGCUUCGGAAGAGUUUUGACCUUGUCGUCGCCAUUGUAGGUCACGUGACAUUAUGAUGCCGGAAGAAAUCGACCUAAAUUAUAUCGCUCGUGCCGUCUUUCUGGGAUUGUUCCUGUAUUAAUAAUAACAACAACAAUAAUAACAAUUAAUAUUAUUAUGAAUAAGGUCUUUUGUGAUUUGUGUCGUUCGACUCCGAUGAUCAUUUAAAUCGGCUACAAAGAGCAAGAGCCCUCUUUGCAGGUUUAAAGUUAAGCUGAGGAAUAAACCAGGUGUUUCUUUCUCUCCCCUGUGAUUGACCUGUCUGAGUCAUGUGGGAGGUGGAGAUCAGAGGCAUGGCAUCCGCUCAUGCCCUCCUCGCCAGCUCUGUGUUGGUGGGGAGCCUGAUGCCUGCUCUCACUGUGGAGAACUUCUCAGUGUACGGGACACACUUGGUGUGGCUCUAUUUUGUUUCGGCUUGUAUUGCUGUAGUCAACAUUGCUGUGUUUUGGCUUCUUGGUAUCAGUCCACCAACAAAGAAAAACACACUAAGUUAUAAGUUGUCUCGACUGAUUAGAUCCUGUGUGUAUUUUCUGCUGUCUUGCCUCUUCUUCCACACUGUGGUUGUUCUGUAUGGGGCACCUCUGCUGGAGUCAGCUCUGGAGACGUUUUCUCUGGCUGUGCUGCUCUCCACUCUUACUACACUGAGGUGUCUGUGUAUGCUCGGUCCAAAUGUACAGGCGUGGAUCCGGGUUUUCAGUAGAGAUGGGGCAAUGUCCGUGUGGGACACCUCACUUCAGAUUACUACUGGCUGCAGCGUAGUUGGAGCCUGGCUUGGAGCUUUCCCCAUUCCUCUUGACUGGGACAGACCCUGGCAGGUGUGGCCAAUUUCCUGUUCCCUUGGGGCGACAGGAGGAUUUCUGACAGGACUUCUAGCCGCUCCGAUCUGGAUCCGUUGGCAUCGCAAGCAGCUCACCUACAAACUCAAAUGAGGGACAGGCAUUUAUAGGCACA